AUGGAUCCGCGCGAGGUCUUCACCACCGACCGCGGCAAGUUCGAUCAUGAUCUUUCGCUCCUCAUCGAUACCGCCGCAGCUGCUGCGCAGGUAUCAUCCUCCUCAUCCACCAGCGAGGUCCCCAGCCCGAGCACCACCACCGCCCGUACUUCACCUCCAGUCGUCAACGACCCUCGUCUUCGCAAGAGACUCCUCCCACAGCCGAGACCUGUCUCAUCAAAGAAGGCCAGACUAGAUGUCUCGGAAGGCAGCGUGUCAGCCCCGUCCCCUCCUAAAGACCAAGGAACUGGGGCAAACACCAUCCCACUUGGUUCUCGAAACGACCCCAGCCAGACCUGGAACACGCUCAGGAACGCCGUCCAUCGCCAGUGGGACACUCGCAAAGAUGAUCUGGCUUAUGAGCAGCUCGUCGCCAAACGCCGUGCCGAGCGCCUUGUCAACGUCGACCGCUACAUCCCCGGAGACGCACCACCCCCAAGCUCAUCACUCGUUCGUCGCACUUCCUGGACUGACAAGAAACCCUUCCCCUUCGCCAAACUACCCGACAAGGUUCAGGACAAGAUCCUGGCUAUGGUCUUGGUGAAAGAAGAUCCGCUUGUCAUUGACUUCACCUGGUUGCGUCCCUUCAUCAACGGUCACUGCCGUGUACCUACCACUACCAGGACGUUCAAGAUCGAUGAUGUCUCUUACACUGCGCCUUUGGAUUGGACAAAACUAAUCGACGAGGUCGGAUUGAUGCAGAAAGACUGCAGCAUGUUCACCGAUGCUCUAGAGGUGCGUGGAAACAAGACUAGGAAGCUCAAGUCCCCGUCCCGUGGCUUGACCACUGCUCUUCUACGUGUGUCGAAAGGGAUGCACGCACGAGCUGCUCCAGUCUUCUACGGCAAGAACAUCUUUCACUUCCCCUGGGCAACAUCCGCAUGGAUGCAACUGGAAUCGUUUCUCGCUACCAUCGGUCCCGUCAACGUCGGUCACCUUCGUCAGAUCCAGAUCCAUACCCCGUUGUGGCACCGUGGAGUCCAAGAGGACUUCGUCGAGGGCGCGAUUCUCGAUCUCACUUCUCCCGCAUCCCGGCUUGGGGUCGUGAAGCCAGCUGCUAGAGACAGGCUACUCUCUGCCAUACGCUCUUCCGUCCAGGCUCUCCUGAAAGCCGGCAAGCUUGAACGCCUGUCUAUCGACCUGGAGCACGGCAUGGUGACUGAUCGCUGGACUGGGCGCUACAGCAAUGACCGUCACCUCAUCGCCGCCUCAGACGCUGAAGAGUCUGUCGUUCGAAAGCAGCAGGGUAUCGAGCUGCUGAGGAAGCUGAGCGAGUGCAAGAGCCUGAAAACCAAGCCGCUGCUCGUCUUCCAUCACCCAUCGCCCUCGGGCCAAAUCGCCAAGUACGACUUGUCUGAGUUUCGUUCACGACUUGCGGGGAUCAUACGGGAGGCUGAGAAGUAUGGAUGGAAGGUCGAUCAGCAUCUCAAGAGUGGGCGCCGCUAG